AUGGAAGAAAAUAUGAAGCUUGCUACAGUGGAAGACACUGUGGAGUAUCACCUAUUCCUGAUACCAGAUGAACCAAGAGACCCAGAAAAACACAAAGAGAUUCUUCAAAAGUAUAUUGAGAAGAUAAUGACCCACUUUGCACCUAUGCUGGUCCCCUAUAUCUGGCAGAAUCAGCCUUUCAAUCUCAAAUAUAAACCUGGAAAAGGAGAUGUUCCUGCUCAUAUGUUUGGCAUGACAAAGUUUGGGGAUAACAUUGAGGAUGAAUGGUUUAUUGUUUAUGUAGUAAAGCAAAUUACAAAGGAAUUUCCAGAGUUAGUAGCAAGGAUUGAAGACAAUGAUGGUGAAUUCUUGUUAAUAGAAGCUGCUGACUUUCUCCCUAAAUGGUUGGAUCCUGAUAAUAGUGCCAAUAGAGUAUUUUUCCACCAGGGAGAGCUGUGCAUUAUUCCUGCACCAAGGAAACCUGGAGCAGUAUCCUGGUUACCCUCCACACCCCCUACAAUCCCACAAGCUUUGAAUAUAAUCUCAACACACCCAGAAAAAAUUUUGGCUUCAGAUUCUAUACAAGCUGCUGUGAAUAGGCGCAUUAGAGGAUACCCAGAAAAAAUUCAAGCCUCCCUUCAUCGAGCACACUGCUUCCUUCCAGCUGGUAUUGUAGCGGUGUUAAAGCAGCGCCCCAGAUUGGUGGCUGCAGGAGUCCAAGCAUUUUACCUACGGGACCCUAUUGACCUGCGAGCCUGUCGUAUUUUCAAGACUUUCUUGCCUGAAACACGAAUAAUGGCAUCGGUCACUUUCACUAAAUGUCUAUAUGCACAGUUGGUGCAACAAAGGUUUGUGCCAGACCGGCGGAGUGGAUACAAGAUGCCUCCUCCAUCUCAUCCCCAAUACCGAGCCCAUGAAUUGGGCAUGAAGUUGGCUCAUGGAUUUGAAAUCUUAUGCUCCAAAUGUAGCCCACAUUUUUCUGACUCCAAGAAAUCCCUCAUGACUACCUCACCACUCUGGGCUGGCUUCCUUGAAAGUCUGAAAAAGAAUGAUUACUUUAAGGGUCUGAUAGAAGGUUCUGCUCAGUACCAGGCAAGGCUAGAAAUGGCAAAGAACUACUUCCAACUCUCAGUAAACCGGCCAGAAAGCUCUCUUGCUCUGAGCCCAGGUGAAGAAAUCUUAACCUUAUUACAGACCACACCAUUUGAUAUAGAAGAGCUUAAGAAGGAAGAAGCUAAUCUUCCCCCAGAAGAUGAUGACCAGUGGUUAGAUCUCUCACCAGAUCAGCUGGACCAGCUACUGCAGGAAGCUGCUGGCAAAAAAGAAGCAGAGCCCAUUUCCAAGAAGGAGGAACAGAACUAUGACUUGACUCAAGUCUCAGAGAGCAUGAAAGCUUUCAUAUCUAAAGUCUCAACCCACAAAGGAGCAGAGCUGCCUCGAGAACCUUCUGAGACUCCAAUCACUUUUGAUGCAGAUUCUUUUCUUAAUUAUUUUGACAAGAUUUUAGGGCCAAGACCUCAUGAAUCAGAUUCUGAUGAUCUGGAUGAAGAAGACUUUGAAUGUUUAGACAGUGAUGAUGACUUGGAUCUUAAAACACAGGGGACUGGGGAAGAAGCAUCUUUAAAAGGAACUCUUAAUGAUCUCAAGUCAUACAUGGCCCAGAUGGACCAGGAAUUGGCAAAUACCAGCAUUGGCAAAAGUUUCACCACCCAGAAGCAAAUGGAACCUCUCUCCCAGACUACCAGUAAUAAUUCAGAUGAGGAAGAUUCUGGUGCAGGAGGAUCUGUUAUGACACCAGUGGACGUAGACCUGAACCUGGUUUCCAACAUACUGGAAUCCUAUAGUUCCCAAGCUGGCCUGGCAGGACCUGCGUCCAACCUUUUACAAAGCAUGGGAGUACAGCUGCCUGAUAACACCAAUCACAGACCCACAAGUAAGCCGAUGCAAGAUUAACCAGCACAUCUCACCUCUUUUUUCUUCUUAAAUAAAUAUUGAGUCUGAUUGUGCUCA